ACCUCCGUUUGAGCGGUUUACGCAACGCACUUGUAAUAGUGGCUCCGAGGGUUCGCGGCUCGGUCGAAGGGACGAAACGAACGCGGUCCCUCCGCGAGGUUUGCCCGCUCGCUUAGAACGAGAAGCACUAGGUAGGGACGUGAACUCGUUUCCCCGUUUUCCAUACGACGCUGCUCGCGGCCCUCAGAGUUGCGGAGGGCUGUCAGUAAUUGGGGUCUCGAUGACGCUGAUUUAACGCGUUGGCGAGAUACAGCCGAGAAAUGCUACCGUCGCGUAAAUUAAAUGGACUGCAUUAACACAGUAACCAUGAUAAUCGUUCAACCGCGAUAAUGUCGAAUUGAUAUACUCAUCCUCGGGUAUGUCGUUCACCAGCGAGCUGGACGUUUGCGGGCAAGUGGUGGCCCAAGGGAUAAUCCUGAGGUCUGAGUUUUUGGAGAGCGAGCCGAAACAGUGCGCAGCUUUGUUUCCGAAGCAAGACAAUGUCGGGGAGAGUCAGGUUAUCAAUGAGGAGAUAGUUGUGAGUACGAAUGGACAUUCGCCAGGCGAAGUAGAUUGCCAGAGGACAGAGGCAACUUUGGAUUUUGAGGAGAGUCUGGAAACCUGUGUGGAUACGGCCGCCAGAUUCGAGGAGUCCAUAGUUGGUAUUCCGCUGACGGAGGACUCGUCGAUCACUGAGAAAUGGGACGGUGAGAACGUCGAGGCGCCCAUUUUGAAGGAAAACGAAUUAAAGGAGCAGGAGGAUGACGAGGAAACGAUCGCCACUUUCGUCACCGCGGAGGGACAGCACUUGGCUCUCUAUGCUGUGGAAGAUUCGGAUGAGAUAUUUGCCGUGGCCGUUUACAACGAGUCCGACGAGCCACCGAAUAAUUUCCAGUUCCUUAUGAAAGCAGACGUGGAGCGUUUGAUAGGCCAGGGCGCCGUGCGAACGGUGAAGAAGCCGUCGCAGAUGAAGAGACGAGUGUUCACUGGUCCACCGCCGAUGUUCUGCCGCAAGGAGGACGGUUUUCUGUCGCAAGUGAACGACAAGACCUCCAUCUGCGAUGCGUCGUUCAACAGUAAGCAGACCGUUUCGCAGGAGGAGAACGGCAGAGUGGAAGGAAACUAUGAGAUUUCCCAAAACUAUAGCGACUUCAUCACCAAGGUUAAUUCGAAGUCCAGCGAUAGCGUUCACACGGCCGUCGACGAGCAAUCGGAUAUUACGUAUCUCAUGAUGGAUGACAGUUUUGUGAAUAUCGCCGAGCAAUCGCACGAAUGUCAAGAUGAUCUCGAGGACGAGCUGAUGGAGCAUUCGACGGUACAGUACAUCCUCCUAGAAGCUGACCAUCAGUCGGACUCGGAGCUGACGUUCGACGAGAUCCAGGCGACGUUGCAGAACAUGAAGAUGCCGUGCAAGAAGUCGUUCGAGACGAACGACAAAAAGUCCGGCGGCAAGUCGCCGGACAAUAGCUUGAGUAUCCUGCGUGAAACCUCGAUGAAGGUCGACUCGCCGUUGAACGAGGACGCGGUCGAAUCUGAGCCUUGCUCGUCGCCGCGGUCGACGAUCGACCGAACGUGCGUCACGGAGAGCGAUCGGCAACGGUUGAUCGACACGCUGACCGGCACGUCGCCGCCGACGGUGAUGGCCACGUCGCAGACGUCGGGUAAGGUGAAAGUCAAGCGGUCGCGCAAGCAGCAACUGAUCUCGGUGGACCGGGACGACGGAGAGAUCAUCAUCCAGCCGGCGUUGAUGAUGAACGAGGAGCUGGCCAACAAGAAGCGCACUCGCCGGCGCCAGACGUUGUCGUCGCAGAUACGCGUCGCCAUGGCCGCCGGGAAGAGGAUCAAGCGGACGAAGCGAAUCAAGCGGCGGAAGCAGGUCGUGGAGGUGAUCGACCUGGAUGUCGACGAGGAGGAUCAGCAAACGACGCGCAACGUGGUGGAGAUCACUCUGGACGACAAUAAUAAGGACAAGUAUUCCAGCGACAAGGAAAACGAGAUAAUCAUGGUGAGGGACUCGGACUCCGAUCGCAGCGACGACGACGACGACGACGACGAUGAGAGUGACUGGCGGCCCGGUGGUGGACAUCUGACGAAGCUCAACGGUGUGAUACGUUGCGAGCACUGCUCCAGGAACUUUCGGUACCGACGUACUCUCAAAAUGCACCUCCUGGUAUGCCAGAAAUCGCCGGCGAAGGCCCUCAAUCUCGACAAGGCGAAAUCGAGGGGCAGAGCGGGUGGCAAGGCCAAGAAGCAGUACGCCUGCAAGAUCUGCCAGGAGAAGUUCGACGCGGCCGUUGCCCUGGCACGUCACGUGCGCGCGACGCACUCGCAGCGAAAGAAGAAGUUGCGACUCUCCACGGAAAAAUCUUCAAGUAAAUCCUUGAGGUCGGUUCAAGAGAAGGAAAUGAGUUUGUCGUCGUCGUCGGAGGAGGAGGAGGAAUCGGACGAAGGCAAGACGACGGAGAAAGAGCUCAGUAUGCUCGCCAGAGUGAAGAGAAAACGAAAGAGGAUUAAUUAUUCGCUGCAGACGAAGAAGCUCAAUUGCGUGGACUGCGGCCGGUGGUUCCCGAGUACCGCUCUACUGGACGCGCACAGCCUGCAGCACGGCAUUAAGAAAGAGCGCAAGUGCCAUAUCUGUAAGAAGUUCAUGAAGUCCAGACUACUGUUUCUGCGACACAUGAGAAUGCACAACGAUACGCAGCGCGGCACCGGCAGCUCGACCAGGAUAAUGCGGCGGAAGCUGCGCGCCCGGCCGAGCACGCGUAAAAUCGCAACUCCCCGGAAACGCGGCCGACCGAGGAAGUUCUGAUCUUACUCGCUCGCGCGCCCGCAACAUGUAUAAUAAUAACAUCACACUGUACUCGUACCGCCGCCGUCGCUCGGAGUCUGUUAAUCUGUCGUACUUCUUUUCCUUUUCUUUUUCAAAAUGAUACCCCAGACGUGACUUUUAAGUAAAUAGUAAUGUAAAUAAUAAUGCGAGUAAUGCUCCGAUAUUACGUAUCUCUCUUUCUUUUUGUCUCUCAUUCAUUUAUGUUCGAAAAUUGUGUCAGGAAAUUGAGAGACUCAAUGAAUUCUUUUUUUUUUUUAACAAUUGAUUAAGCCAGAAAGUCCUUGUGUUGAUUAUGACGAGCAAAACUCUCGAAAGAUCCUUGAUUUGAAAACUUCAAGAUUUUGAAAUCGUUUAUUGCAAAAGAGAUUGCAAUUUUAUUUUGUUUUUAUUGAGAUUGUUUCAAAAUAUUCCGUUAAAAUGUGAAUUUUUCUUUAAUAUUUCACGAUAAAGAUUUUUAAAUCUUGACCUUUCUAAAAAAUUUCUAUGAUCCGUUUGCUCCGAGGGACUUGUAGACACUCCAAGAUCUUACUGAUCUCCGUUUAACAUCCAUCACGUGCAAUUAAGUGCCACCGAACACAUCUUUGUAAAUAAAAGCGACACGGUAGGUUUGUUAGAAGCUCGACGAUGCAAUUUAUGUAUAUAUAUAUACACUAAUUAAUUUAGGAGAGAUAUGCUGGUAACAACAAAAACGUAAGGUCAUAUGUAUAAAUAUUGCGAUAUAUAUAAAUAUAUAGAUACACAUUGUAUUUGACCUUUGUCUAAAGCAAUAAAACGAUGAAACAAGGCUGUGGAUUCGUGGAUCUUAUAGGCA